AUGCGCCUGCCACGCCAUGCCACGCCGCCACUCCCAUUGCUGGUGUUGCUACUGAUUUACUGCGCCAUUGGGUGUAUUGCCGCUGCACCCGCUCUGCAGCACCACCGUGGAUUUGACGAGACGAUGGGGAGGAGCGGCCCGCUGUCGACCGCGGUUUUACGUGAGGUGCCGCGCAAGGGACAGGGUGCCAUGCAGGCAUACACCGUCGCCGCACAGGAUGACGACAGUGGCUGGGAGCCGAUCCGCAUCAAGGUGUUCACGGAGGAGUUGAAGAGCACGAACAGGAAAAAGAUGUACUGCGAAAAUGAUGGGGAUGAGUGCGAAAACAUCUUGGGGGAAAAGAUGACUUGUAAAAAAGAAAAUGUCUUGACGGAAGCAAAGAAACAAUUGUACACUGAAAAGAUUCUCCCCGGCGCUGUCAAACUGCACGCGGAGCGGCUACUUGUGAGACCCGCUUCUGAGAAGGUAACGGUUCCGAGGACUAUAGGAGGUCUGUGCGAAAGGUUUACGGUUCCAAUUGAACACAAAAAAAAUGGCGGUGUGCCUAAUUUUGAUUUUAUCAUUUACGCUGCUGCUAGGCCGUCAAGUACUGAAAGCAUGGCUGUUUGGGCGGCCACGUGUAACACAUGGGAAGAUUUUCGCCCCUCCAUUGGCGCCAUCAACUUUGAUCCAAGGUACAUGACUGACACAGCGUGGAGCGUUCGCGUUGCCGCACACGAAAUUGCACAUGCUCUUGGGUUCAGUAAAGAGAGUAUUGAAGGAAAGAGCAUCGAAACUUUUGAGAAAAGUGUGCGUGGGAAGCACCGCAAGAUGGUGGCGGGGAAGCACGUUCAGGUGAAGGCACAAGCGCACUUUGGUUGUGAGUCUCUCGAUGGCAUGGAGCUGGAGGACGAAGGUGGCACUCGGGAAAAAGCGAUCCCUCACUGGAAGGGACGCCACGCGCGGGACGAGCUGAUGGCUCCCACAGUUGGUGCCGGCUACUACACGGCACUGACGAUGGCGGUGUUUGCGGAUAUGAGGUACUACCGCGUGAAUUGGAGCAUGGCGGAGCCGAUGAGCUGGGGCCACCGCAGUGGCUGCGAAUUUCUGGAGAAGAAGUGCAGCGAAGCCAAGGAUUUUUCCACCAACUAUCCUCACAUGUUCUGCGAUGACUCCGACAAAAAGACGCUUCGCUGUACCUCCGACCGCCGUUACGUCGGGACGUGCACCGCAAACAUCGUUGAGGACAAGGGGAGUCCUGCGGAUAAGGACGUUUGCCCUGUCGUAUCUUCUUAUUUUCACAACUUUUCUGGGACAACGUACAAUACGUGCUCGGACGAAAAUGUGAAACAUCUCCCUGGGUCGCUGACUGGCAGUGGCUCGUGGUGCCUGGACGCGGAAUUACUGGAGACGAAGGACGGUGAUGACCAUAAAAGCGUCAAUGGAGUGUGCGCGCAGGUGUCGUGUGAGGAGGGCACAGUGAAGGUGAAGCACCUCGGCAGCACUGACGUGUGGCAUGAUUGCCCCGAUGGCGGAGAAAUCCAAGUGACGUUGGAUGGUUUUAAGCAAGACGGAAAGAUCAAGUGCCCGAAGUACGGCGAGGUGUGCACCAUUGCCGCCAACGGCAGCAGUCUUGUCGUUCCGGGUGCGUUGGAGGAUUAUAAAGGAAACAAGCAAGAGGAGGAAGUAAAAGAUUCUGUGGUUGCUCCGGCGUUGCUCCCCGCAGAAGAACCUUAUGAAGAGGAACCACGUGCAGCAGCGUCUUCUACCGAAGAACCUCAUGCAGAAGCGUUCACCGCAGCGGGACCUCAUGGAGAAGCGUCCAUUGCAGGCAAAACUGCUGAAGCUCCAGUGGUUCAAGCGGCAUCGCAGCAGCCUCAGGAAGAAAGUAAAGCAGGGCAAAAUGCAACGGUGGGUGAAUCUGCCACUACACAGCAAGUGCCGGCGAAUACAUCGCAGGGAAAUGUGGAGAGGGCGACGGCUUCGAACAUCCCUGCCAUUGGAGAAACAACAGGUGAUGGCGGCACCAUGCGUGGGAGCAGACUGCUGCCGCUGCUUCUUCUUCUGUUGGGACUGUGGGGGUUUGCGGCUCCGUGA